AUUCUCUUCUGAGUUUCAAAUCGUGAGUGCGUCUAGAAGUCAUCACCAUGAUGUUGAAAGCAGUUGUCGCAGUAUGCCUGUGUGGGCUGGUUGUUGAAGCCUUCAGCCUCAACAGUAAACUGGAGGCGUUAGCUAAAGCUGAAGUCGGGUCAGAAAUCCAGCUCCCACGAAGGAUUUCUAAAACAUCUUAUGGAACUGAAAGCAAGGUCAAAGAACAAUGACACCGAACCAAACGACUCAAAACGCUCUUUUGGUGGAUAUAACAACGGUUACGGCAACGGUUACGGCAACAUGUACGGCAACAUGGACUGGAACAUGUUCAAUGGCCAGGGCAACAACUUUGACAUGGGUUACUACUACAAAUACAUGCCGAAAUUCAUGUACUACAUGCAAGAUGUCAUCCAGAUGCAGAACAUGUUCAUUGAGUUCCAUACCAACCAGUACAUUCUGAGAUACCAGUUCGGAGAUGAUAACAACAUGUAUGACUGGGAAGAAAACAUGGGCUUUAUGUUCCAAGUCUCCCAAAACAUGUACAAGUUUGGAUAUGAAAACAACUGGUGGCAGCAGUAUGACAACAACAGAGGAUAUUUUGGAUUCAACAACUUCAACAACAAUGGAUGGAACAACAACAACAACUGGAACAACAACAACAACAAUGGAUGGAACAACAACAACAACUGGAACAACAAUGGAUGGAACAACAACAGAUGGAACAAUGGUAAUCAAGAAGGAUUCGAUGGCUUCAACAACGAAUUCAACAACUUCGAUAAGAAGUAGACAACUACCAGUCAAAGUUUUUGACGAUACAAUGAGAACAACGAUGACGAUUCUGAUCAUUUUAUUGUUAAUAAUUUUCUGCUUCAUUUCCUCCUCACAAAUUUAUCCCAGAUUUACCAAAGUGGACUUAACGUAGAAUGAUGACAAGGAGUGUAAGGUGUCAGUUACGCAUGCCUGCCAUGUUUGUGACAACGCACUUCCGGUUUGGAUAAAGAUAACUGAGUAAAAUCAGAGAGAUUGAUUGUUGAGGCAUAAUGAACGUUUAAUAUUAUCAUAUAUAUACUCUUGAAAUGUUGAUGUUUAUACUUUAAUUCUUUAUGAUGUAUUUUACAAAUGAACUGAUUGAAGUCUAAUUAUGCAUACAGCAGCAUAAUUAUUGUCUUGAACGUGAGAAUUAUCUGUGACGUUAAAAAUGUGAACUGAGAAAAUCGGUAAUGGUGCAUACAAAUAUGUAAGUGAGUGGAGUUCUCAAUAAUCCAUAAAAUUCAAGAAAGUGAUUUAAUAUUAACAUAAAUGUUUCUGUAUAAUAUUUUGGUUUCUCUAUCAAAGCAAAAAAAUGACAAAGCAAUUCCUUCAUGUUAUGCAUUGUAUGUUAUGUUGUAUUCUCUACUUGACUCUCUGCAACUAUUUAAAUAAACCUUUGCAAGAACGAAAA